AUGACUUCAAAAGAAGAUUUGGAUUUUAUAGUUGAUGAUGGAUAUGGACAUGAUGAGGAUCUAACAUAUGUGCCACAUGAUGAACCUUCAUCAGAUGAUGAUAAAUAUGUUGUUUCGGGUAAAGAGUUCAAAAAACUAACCAAAAAUGCUAUAAAGCUUGGUGCACAAUCGUUUGAUUAUUCAACACGUAAAAAUAACAAAUACAUGGCAAUACUUCCAGGUGGAAAGAAAGUUCAUUUUGGAUCACCAAAUUAUCCAGACUAUAUUAUUCACAAAGACAAAGAUCGACGAGAUAAAUAUCUUGCUAGAGCUAAAAAGAUAAAAAAUAAACAAGGAGAGUUAACUUAUACUAAUCCUGAAUCGAGUAACUAUUGGAGUGUACAUCUACUCUGGCCAGAAAAAUAAAUUAAAGAUUAUAUAAAGUAUAAUAAAAUGAGUUAAAAUGAUGUAGUUUGUAGAUCGUAUAUUGAUAAAUCUAGUGAAGUUUUUGAUUUAAUUGAAAAAAUAGAAUUAAGAUUAAUAAAACUUGAAAGUAAAUUUUUUGAACUUAAAUUUGAAAGAAAUAAAGAUAUAUUAUAUUCAGACAUUAGUUUUUGUUUUAGAGGUAUUUUAAAUUAUUUGAGUGAAUUUAAAAAAAGGCUUAAGGAUUAAAUUAUUAUAACAAGAAUGCAGUUAUCCAAUUACGAAAAUCUUACAACCGACAACAUUAUUUUUAAUCAAGCCAAAGAAUACAAAGUAAAAGACAGCAAGAUUAAAUACAAACGCAUCCCAAUUGAAAUUGAAUAUCCAAAUGGAAAGAAAGGAGCUUUAGUAGUUGAAACUCCACUUCUUUUCAGCUUUGGUGUGAAUGAGAAGAAAAAUCAAGAAACAAACAAGUUGGUUGGUUAUAGUAUGCCAGUAUGUCUUUGGGCUAAAGAUAGUGAGCCGAAUACUAAAGAAAAAGCAUUUUUUGAUAUUAUUAAUAAUGUAUUAACUCUCUCUCAGCAACAUUUAGAGAAUGAAUACGGUGCAGAUCUAGCAUCAACUCUAUCUUCACCAUUUUAUUUCAAACAAGAAGAAUAUACAGAUAAGAAAGGAAAGAAGAAAACAAGAAUAGAUCCUUCAUCCGCACCAGUUCUCUACGCAAAACUUAUUUACUCUGAAAAAUCAAAGAAAAUUCUUUCUCUGUUUAAGACAAUGGGAAAGAAGGAUUUAAAUCCUUUUAAAUAUAUUAACCAGUACUGCAAUGUUAAAAUGGCGUUGAUAAUUGAAGGAAUAUUUAUAAGUAGGACUGUUACAUCUUUACAAAUAAAAGUACAUGAGUGCUUUAUCAAACCAUUAAAACCUAGAGAGUCUUUACUAACAAUUGAAGAGGAAGAUGAAGAUGAAGAUGAAGAGGUAACUGAGCAAGUAGUUGAAGACUUAGUUAUCUCUGAUAAAGAAGAAACUGAGUAA